CUUCUAUUUUUCCCCCGCUGCACUAUUUUUCAAACGUUGAAGACACGACUUCUUUUCUUCCGUAAAUCCACAAUAAACAAUAGCUUUGCAGAGAGGCCCGUGGACUGGACGAGUGUGUAUAUGUACAGUAACAGUGCGAACACACACACCUCCAACAACUGGGGCAAAAGGUGCACUUCUGUCCUCUCCCUCUCCCCCGUCUUUGAAGUUUGAAAAUGACAGCGUUGCUCGAGGAGCUGCUGAACAGGCCGUUGUUACAUUGUAGCCAGGGCAGGCUGCGCUGGUUACAAUAAGUAUUAAAGCUCCGCCAGCGACUGGCUGACUGACGUAAUUUUGCAAUGAAAGGAUACAGUCUGCUCGGUACAGUAGGCAACUGUCAGGCGGCGGAGCGCAUUGUGCCCGCAGCCGCAGCUUAGAGACGAUGUGAGCAACUUCAGGAGCAGGCUGUGUGCGAGUGUGUGUCGGGGAGAGGGAGGAGGCGGCGGAAAGAAACAACAGAACCCCCCCACCACCCCUCCCUUCACUGUAAACGCUCACCCGACAUCGCAGAAACACAGAGGAAGAGGAAACCUUAGGGAGAAUUUGGUGAGCAGGAAGAAGGCGCUUCUCUCAAGCUGGAGCCAGCUAACAUGGCGGCUGUACCAGUCUACUGCAUCUGUCGGUUACCUUACGAUGUAACUCGGUUUAUGAUUGAAUGCGAUGCGUGCAAGGACUGGUUCCACGGCAGGGAGGGAAAAUCCAGUGCAUACUUAACUGCAAUCUGGUGACCAUUGAUGAAAAGGAUGUGUGAACAUUGGGUUUGGCACUGUGUUGGUGUGGAAGAGGAUGAGGCUCCAGACAUUGAUAUCUAUCACUGCCCAAACUGUGAGAAAACUCACGGCCAGUCAACGAUGAAAAAGAAGAGGCAGAAGUAUGAGCCCAUACAUACAGUGGAUAUUAUACGACCAGUGCAGAAUGGAAGCCAGGUGUUCAUAAAAGAACUUCGAAGUCGAACCUUCCCCAGUGCAGAGGAAGUUAUUCAGAGGCUGACUGGAACUCAGCUAUCUUUGGGAUAUCUGGAAGAAAAUGGAUUUACAGGGCCUAUCUUGGUUGCAAAGAAGGAUGGUUUGGGUUUAAGUUUACCACCACUUACAUUUUCUGUUAGUGACCUUGAAAAUUAUGUUGGCCCAGACAGAGUCAUUGAUGUUGUAGAUGUCACCAAACAGAAGACCUGCAAGUUGACCAUAAAGGAGUUUGUCGAAUACUACUAUAGUGCAAACCGGAAGAGAGUUCUUAAUGUGAUUAAUUUUGAAUUUUCAGAUACCAAAAUGUCAAGUUUGGUUGAAGCUCCUGAAGUUGUCAAGAAAUUAUCCUGGGUCGAUAAUUUGUGGCAAGAUGACUCACUUUUUGACAAGCCAAAAGUUACAAAGUAUUGCCAGAUAGGUGUAAAGGACAGCUAUACAGACUUCCACAUAGGCUCAGGAGGAUCAUCAGUUUGGUAUCAUCUCCUGCGGGGAGAGAAAAUUUUUUAUUUGAUUAAGUCAACUUCUGCAAACCUUGCUUUAUAUGAAAGGUGGAGUUCAUCAUCCAAUCAGAGUGAAAUGUUUUUUGCUGAUCAAGUAGACAAGUGCUACAAAUGUACCCUGAAACAAGGACAGAGUCUAUUCAUCCCAUCAGGCUGGAUUUAUGCAACAUUAACUCCCGUGGACUGCUUGGCUUUUGGAGGACACUUCUUGCACAGCCUAAACAUUGAAAUGCAGUUAAGAGCCUAUGAAGUAGAAAAACGACUGAAAAUUGGCAGCCUUAUUAAAUUUUCAAACUUUGAAGUCAUAUGUUGGUAUGUUGGCAAAUAUCUGCUUGAGACAUUCAAAGGUUUGCACAAAUCUGGGAAGCAGCCUCCCUCUUACCUGGUACAAGGAGCAAAAGCUCUAAAUGGGGCUUUCAGGUCAUGGACGAAGAAACAGGUUAUUGCCGAUCAUGAGGAUGAAAUUCCAGAAACCAUUAAAACAGCACAACUUAUUAAAGAAUUUGCCAAAGAAAUACGAUUAGCAGAGAAUGCACUUAAAACAAAUGAAAGUGAAGUAAGUGAUACCAGUACAGGCAAAAGCCCUACUGUCCCUGUCAAACUGCCACCACUGACAGGCACUGCACCAGUUGAAAAACCAGAAAGAAAAAAAGCUUCACGGGCCAAAGAAGGGGGAAAGAAAAAAGGAAAGAAAGAAAAAGAAAGUAGCACAGUAGUUCCAAACCUUGACAUUCUUGAGGCACAUACGAAGGAGGCUUUGAUUAAAACUGAAGUGCCAAAGAAAGGGGGAAAGGCUUCAAAGAAUGUGUUAAGUGUGGCUGACCAAGAAAGUGCAAAUAAUCAAAACGAUGUAAUGAAGUUUGGAAUACAAGAACAAAACAAAAGCAAAGCUGAAGUGAAAUGGAAAUACAAGAACAGUAAACCAGAUUCUCUGUUAAAAAUGGAAGAUACAAAAUCAGAAAAAUCAUUUUUGACAGGAAGCAAAGACAACAGCAAGCUCAAGUUGGUCUUCACUAAUAAAAAAUUGCUCAGUUGUAAAGGAGUGAAAACGCAGCCUAAAUCUGUGAAAACGGAUAAUGUGUUCGGCUGUUUGCAAAAUAUUAAAGAAGACAAACCCAAGCCAGUGAGAGAUGAAUAUGAGUAUGUUUCAGAUGAUGGUGAAUUGCAGAUUGAUGAGUUUCCUAUCAGAAGAAAGAAGACUGCUCCUAAAAGAAGCUUAACAUUUUUAACAAAGACCAAAGAGAGUGUUGGAGUUGUUGAAAUGAAGGAACCUUUGGUUCAGCACUGUUCUAACCAGGAUGACAACUCAACUGAUGAAGAUUCACUUCAUAUUGAUACUGAGGCAAAGCCAGAUCCCAGUACUGAAAAAACGACUGAAACAGGUAGUUCUGCUGGAAUACUGGAUCUGCUACAGGCAAGCAAACAGGUUGGAGGCCUUGAGUACAGUGGAAACAGCAAAAUCGUUAAAGUAGCCAAAGCCACCAACUAUGACAUCACUGAAUUCAGUCAACCUCCAGCCUCACCAAGCACACAGGAAGCAAUCCAGGGCAUGUUAUCCAUGGCGAAUCUUCAGUCCUCAGACUCUUGCUUGCAGACUUCAUGGACCAGUAACCAAGUUAAAAAUAGCUCUUCGAUAAAUCAAGGAUCAAAGAAAACUAGUAGCAACAUUAAUAAGCACACAGGGAAACGGUUGGUCAAAAGCACUACUCAGAGCACUAUUGACAUUAAUGAUUAUGAAGAUCAGGACAGUCUUGGAGCAUGCUUCAAAGAUUCUGAUUAUGUUUACCCAUCACUUGAAUCUGAUGAUGAUGAUCCAGUUUUCAAAUCCAGAUCCAAAAAGAGAAGAAGUGCAGAUGAUACACCUUGGAAUCCUACAGCUAGAGUUACACCAUCUGUUCCUCGGCAUGACAGACCAACACGAGAAGGGGCAAGGGUUGCCUCAAUAGAAACUGGAUUAGCAGCAGCUGCUGCAAAAUUAUCUCAACAGGAGCAACAGAAAGUGCAGAAGAGAAAGUAUACCAAAAGGAAAGUAUUACCAGAUGACUCGAUCAAAAUCCCUCAGGAAAGUGCUUCUACGGAAAUGAAGACUGAUAGCCAUGCAGGAAAGCGGUUAAAGAAGGGUAUGGCAACGGCUAAACAGAGACUUGGGAAGAUACUAAAAAUACAUAGGAAUGGAAAGCUUCUUCUGUAAAGUUAGGAAUGAAAAAUAUUUUCAGUUAAAUGUAUUGGCCUGACACUAACGCUGUUACAUGUGUGACAAAGUUAAUACGUUUUGGAUCAUUCCAGGUUAGAGACAGUAUCCAUUUUAAAUGUUUUUGCAGACCUUUCUUAGUGGGAGUACUGUGUUUAUGUGGUUCUUUGGUAGGAUAGCUCUGCUUGGUCUGUAGCAUAAUUGGAGAAGCUUUUCUCGUGGCAUAUAACAUCCAUCAAAGAGGCUACAGUGAUCCUCAUAAUUCAGUUGAAUCUACUGAAACAUCAUUUAGCAUUAAAUGACAGAGGUGAAAGAAUGAAUGGAUAUGGAAAGAUAUUCUUUUUUUUAAAGAAUGUCAAAAAUAAAUUUAUAAGAAAGGCUGUCUUUAUAUUUAUAGGGAAGAGUGUUACAGAGUUCAAUAAUGGACAACUGGCUUUAUCCUGAGCAAAUGGAUACUGUUUCUAUAAAUUUGUUUCUCAGGCAAUUCCACAUUUCAAAUUUAAAGUAAUAUUUGAAAUGCUUUUUCAUAGUAUACAAAUCCUGUAAAUAUGGUCAAAAUACUAAUCUUUAUUGCAAAGUACCUUUGAGUUAUAACUCUAUGUACCCAUUGUUCAAUGUACCUUUUUUACAUUUUCAUCUUUUAUGAUAAAAUUAUAUUUCUUUUCAGUUGUUCUUAUAAUGAUGGAACUUAUUUUUUAUAAAAGGCAUUGCCUGAAAAACAAAAAUAUUGUGUGGCCUUGCAAAAAUAAUAUCUUGUAAGUAGUCACAGUACAUCAGUAAAAGUAAAGCAUAAAAGAGAAGCUUUGUAAAUAAGGUUACACUUUUGUUCUAUUUGAGCUUAUUAUUUCCAAUUUUGCAUUCUAAUGCAAUAUGAAGUAUUUUUGGUCUUAACUGGUGAAGUGUUUAUGUGUCUAAGUCUAUGUGACUUAUCUGUAAUUUAUUAAUAUUUGUAGCUUUUUAUAUUUGUACAUUUCUUACACACUUUUUUUUAAAAUUUUCAACUACUUGUGAUGUCUCCUUUUUCCUGAAUUUGUUACAUAAAAUCUGAUCUUAGAGGGUCAUUUUUUCCCCUAAAUCAUUAGUGAAACAAAGUUACGCAAUUUUGGCCUUUCAUGUGUUAUAAUAAUCCUGCCAUCUAAUCUGUCCUUUUCUCCUACAUACAUUUAUAAUUUAGGUAGGUAAUUAAGUAGUUCUUUAUGAAAGUCAUUCCGUUUUUGCUUAGGCUAGAUGAGUUAUUGCUACACUGACAAUUUUUUUAUUAUUUACAAACUUUAUUUUUUAAAAAGAGUUUCUGUAUAGGAUUAGCUAAACAUUUAAAAUAGUGUUUAGUUCAUAUUAGUCACAGAUGUGUUAACUAUUUUGAUUUUAACAUGUCAUUUUAACAUUAUGGCAUCUUUUCAUGCUGCACUUAUAAAUCAUUAGCUACAAUGAUGUCUAUGUUGUAGAAAAUAAGCUCUCAAAGAAAUUUAUAUCAGUGAAUUAAACACUGGGCGAGAAAGGCUGCAGUUAAAAUAAACAGUGAACCUCAGGAAUAAAAUAAAACAGGUUCCAGCCACCAGUGCACCUUUUGAGCCUCACAAUAUCUUGUAUAUGGAUUUUCUUGGAUACUUUGCGUUUUUGAUAAAUACAUCUUUCAAUUUUAAAACAGAAGUCUGAAGCUUUUAGUAAAAGAUAUGGAAAUAUAUAUUAAUCAUCUCAGCAUUUUUAACAGUUUUAAAGCUGAAAUGUGUAUUGCAUUGAUAUUUGAAGCAUCUUAGACUCAAGACAUAUUUGCUUUUUCAAUGUCUCUAAACAAGUUGAAAUUUCAUUGAAAAAUCCUUUAUAGUUUCUUAAGAAAAUAAGGUAUUUAUGUUACAAAGUAGUUCUAGUGGCUCUAGGGACAAGGGAAUUGUGAUAUAAUAAAAUGCAUUUGUUAAAACUGCUACUAACUACUGUCUUUGUGACAUCAGCUGCUCUGUUGAAGUUGCCAUUUCCUGUUCUAGUCUCAAGCUGGAAAAUUUCAUAAAUUUUGCUUCCAGUUUCAUACCUUAUCCGUCUUCACUUGGUCCAUCUCUGAUCUUCCUCAACUUCACUUUUCUCCAUUUUCACGAAUAGGUUGCUGAGCAAUAUCUAUUAUAAACCCAGCCGCUCCCAUAACUACUUUGACUAUCCUUUCUCCCAUCUCACUUACUGCACGCACUCUGUGCCAUGUUUUGCUUUCUCCUCGUAUGAGGAUUUCUCUCCAGCCUAAAUCACAGGUCUUUAACCUUGUUGAUCCCAUUUCGUGCACUUCUGCUCUCAACUGCCUUCCUCCUAGACGAACGUUAAAAUUCUCCUUGUCCUCACCUUCCAUCCCAUCAGCUCCCACAAUCAAUGGGUCAUCUACUACCAUUUCCACUAUCUCCAGUUUGAUGCCACCACCAAACACAUCCUCCCUUCCCCUUUGGUAUUCAGGUGGGGAGGGGAGGAUGUGUUUGUUGGGCCACUUUUCUAACCCCUUGUCACCAGUUCCCUUCCCAAGCAAACAAAGAAGGUGCAGCACCAGCCUUUUACAGCUUCUCUUCCCAUUUUCCAGGAUUCAAACUUUUCCAGGUGAAGCAGCAGUUUUCUUCUACUUUCGAUUUUGAAUAAAAUUCUCACUGUUCACAAUACCAUCUCAUGCCAGAAAGGGUAAAUGCAUGUUAAGUGCUCACUUUGUAAACUGGCUCCGUUCAAUUCACUUGCUCACAACUGAGAUUUUAGUUGCCUAUCACUUUAAUUCCCCACCUCAUUUCUCUUGUCUUUGUUUUGAACACUCCUUUGAAACCCAUUUUGCUUUGGUCUGUCAUUCCUUUUGUCAUUUCAUAGCACCUUCCUUCCAUCACAGACCUAACUUUUUUCCUUUCCUUACCUCCUCACUUAACCUAUAUUUGCUUAAAAUCUGUUACAAAUCUAAUUUUCUCCAAUUUUGUUGAAGAGUCAUUGGCCUGAAAUGUUAAUCUUAUUUUCUCUCCACAGAUGCUGACAGCCUUUUUGAGUAUUUCCAGCUUUUUCUGUUUUCAUUUCAGUUUUGCAGAAUUUUGUUUUUUGUAUUUUGUUGAAGUUGCACCUGACCUCUUGAAAAGAACAGCCAAUGGCACGUGUAUCAACAUAUAUAGCAAAACAGUUUAUUGGAGGUGAUGAAUGAUGGCUAAACACAUUGGACUUGCACCGCUUAAAUUCAGCCUACAUUGCGUGAAAUAUUGUUCUAUAAGUUGGUUGUUUUGGUCUAAUGUCAAUUAAGUUUGGGAAGGUUCAACCUAAUUAAUAGUGGAAACGAGCCUACAAUGAAAAGCAGCCCUUAGUUUGGUGUCAAUAAUUAAAUUCAACUUAUUUUCAGAAUUGCACUCUUUAUUGCAGAGUACCACAGAAUGAUUGUUUUGUGGAUACAGAAGCUUCUUACACUGCAGUAAAGAGUGCCAUUUUAAUUUGCAGGGCAGGGAGACGAGAACUUUAAAAAUUCUUAGUGUUCUGGCUUUAACAUCCCUUGCUUUGAUAAAGAUAAAAAUGGUGAAAUGAAAAUUGUAAAUUUUCAGUUCAUGCAAACUACAUAGUAGGGGAAGUAGAUUAAUUAAACUAAGUAAUAUAUAGAUAUACAAUGAUUAUUUUAAUUCAGAAAGCCAGAAUGAAGAAAUAUUGUUUAACAAAAAUGUAUAUGUAAUGAAGUACACUUUAGUAAUUCAACCUAAAAUGCUUUGAUAGUCUCUUUAAAAAUUGAUAAAGACAGAUCAUUUCUCUUUUUUGACAAUAGCCUGCCAUCAUUUAUGUAGUCUACACACUUUAUUGACUAAGAAAACCUGUGACAAGUGGCAUUUUGUCUGCUGAUUUAAUUUUAGAUUACAUUUUAUCACAGGUUAUUUUUAUCUUUCUGUAAUGUUUGACCUGUUUUCGCUUGGCAUAAUGUGCAAUUAACUGGAAAUGGGGAGUACAAAGGAAAGAAAGCUUUCUUCUUCUGAAAUUGUUAAAGUAUCCUUUUUAUUGCUGUGUAAUGCAGUAGGAAACAUUUGUUGGUUGAUUAGGGACAAAUCAGUGAUAGCGAGUCUAUACUUUGCACCACAGUUCAUGUUUGUGUUCAAUUUUUGUACGUUCCACUGCACUAUAAAUGACAACAGAAACACUUCUUACAUUUUUAUUUUAGCUAUGAUUAUUAAUGUGUACAUUGUCUAUAAAGUAAAUAACCUGUAUAGAAUGUGUUUUAAAACUGUUAAAAAUAAAAUCUACAUACUCUUCUGUU